AUGGUUCUGCCAAAGUCCAAAAACACCGUCGGGCUGGGCAACUCGUUGAUGAACGACCGGUUCGGCAAGGGCAAAGGCGGAGACAGAAAGAAGGCCGGCGCCGUCGCGCGCACGAACCACACCACCGGCGAGCAGUAUCUCAUCAACGAGAAGCAGGAUGCUGCCUGGGUCAAGAUGCGCUCGGUCACCGAGCAGGGCGCGCUGGACGAGUUCCUGAGCACCGCCGAGCUGGCGGGCACCGACUUCACCGCGGAGAAGAUGAACAAUGUCAAGAUCAUCCACACGGACCAGCGCAACCCCUACCUGCUCUCCGCGCACGAGGAGCGCGUCGUCCUCGGAAAGCACAAACUUCACAAGAACCGACUCACGGUUCCCCGGCGGCCCAAGUGGGAUGCCUCCACAACCGCCCAGGAGCUGGACUCCCGUGAGCGCGAGGCGUUUCUCAACUGGCGCCGAGGCUUGGCAGAGCUGCAGGAGAACAAUGAUCUCUUGAUGACCCCAUUCGAGCGCAAUCUCGAGGUCUGGCGACAGCUUUGGCGAGUCAUCGAGCGAUCGGACCUCGUGGUUCAGAUCGUCGAUGCCCGAAACCCGCUCCUUUUCCGCUCCGAGGAUCUGGAGCAAUAUGUCAAGGAGGUCAACCCAAAGAAGGAGAAUCUUUUGCUCAUCAACAAAGCUGAUAUGUUGUCAUACAAACAACGAAAGGCGUGGGCCGAUCAUUUGAAGGAAGCUGGCAUCGCGUACAAGUUCUUUUCCGCUCACUUGGCAAAGGAACUAAAUGAAGCCAGAGAAGAGGACAGCGAAUCAGAUGAUGACGUCCCUGCCAGUUCAUCAAAAGGUGCUGGAAAGGAGCCUGCCCAGGAGACUGUGGAGGAAAAGGGAGAAAGUGCCGAAGACGGCGGAGUUCAGCUAGAGUCUCAGGAGGAGGAGGAUGAUGGCACUAAGAUUCUCACCAUUGAAGAGUUGGAAGGCAUUUUCUUGCGACAUGCGCCUACGGACGCAGGAACGGAGAGCAAGCUUCAAGUUGGUUUGAUUGGCUACCCCAACGUUGGUAAAUCCUCCACCAUCAACGCCCUUAUCGGCGCCAAGAAGGUUUCUGUUUCGUCUACCCCCGGUAAGACGAAGCACUUCCAAACGAUCCAUCUCAGUGACCAAGUGAUUCUCUGCGAUUGCCCUGGUCUUGUUUUUCCCAACUUCGCUUUCACCAAGGCCGACCUUGUCUGUAACGGUGUUCUGCCUAUUGACCAAAUGAGAGAGUACGGCGGCCCUGUUGGCCUUAUCACCCUCCGUAUCCCCCAGCCUUUCCUCGAGGCCAUCUACGGCAUCCACAUCAAGACCCGACCUCUUGAAGAGGGCGGUACUGGCAUUCCUUCCGCGGAAGAGUUCCUCAGGGCGUAUGCCACUGCCCGUGGCUUCCAAACUCAAGGUCUUGGACAGCCAGAUUCGUCCCGUGCUUCGCGAUAUGUUCUCAAGGACUACGUGAACGGAAAGCUCCUCUACGUUGAACCCCCACCAAAUUAUCCCGGGGAGCCAAACGAAUUCAACAAGGAGCUUUAUGACGAACUCCACCUCCCAGAGAAGCGCCGGGCUGCAUUCAACUCAGCCAUUGGCGCUCUGUCACUCGAGGAUGACAAGGACACGGACUCUCUGGUCUCGGACUUCAUCCCACUCCCUGCCGGUCCCAAGUCGCAGAGCAUCGACAAGGGCUUCUUCGGUCCCAAGGCGGCACAGGGCCACAUGAGCAUGCCUUUCAACCACAAGUACACGGAGCAGGGCAAGGAUAAGGCCAUUUCAGGACGAAAGGCACGGACAAUGGUCGCGCUGGAAAAUGGGCUGGAUCCCAAGGACGUGCAGCUCACGCCUAGUAAGAAGCAUUUCAAAGGAGGGCCCAGAGGGAAGAAGGGAAAGAAGAAGGCAUCCGAUGAUUAUGACGACUGA